AUGUCGCGAAAGACCGGUGACAAAGCGUCUGUAGACGCAAUCACGACCAAACUUAAACAGUGCGCCACUGAUCUGAGAACGGCCGAGUCAGAACCAAGUAUGGAAUCAGAUCAGAAUAAUGGAAGCUUCCGGUAUCAUAUAAAAAGGGGUAAAUCGGCUAAACUUCAUAAAAAGUUACCAUCAAUUUUGAAGAAGAAGGACAAAGUUGAGUACUAUCUCGUGCCUAUCGGAAGUUACAUGCAGAGUCCACAAAAGACGUCACCGAAAUGGGUUGAUAUUGCUUCCAUCAUCGAUCAAGGGAUCGCCAGCCACAGGAAUCUUAAUUCCAACCCGUCCUCGAAGCCUGACAUUAGGACAACGUUGAGUUUGGGGACGCUGACAUCUGUACUGGCCAAGAUGCACAUGUACUCGGUACUUCCCGUUUCCGGUCAUAUGACUAGCCUGCAGACGCUCCUGGAGAAGAAUGCACAGACACGACAGUUUGCUGAGACGCAUGCGAAGUUCGUCUGCGUGAACCUGGCGCUGGCUUUACAGUUCCUGCACGAGAAGGGCGUGGUACACGGCUCCCUGCGCCCCCGCAAGGUCAUCUUCAACAACAAGGGAUAUCCCUUCCUGACGGGCCUGGGUACGGCGGACUUCCACAAGCAGCGACCGAGCCGCCCUCGAGAGCUGCUAGAGCUGGCCUACACGCCGUCGGAAUUGCUGUAUGACGAAAUCGCGGAGCCUCAUUCUGACAUUUUCCCAAUGGGCUGCCUCGUGUAUGCCAUGAUCUUUGGCACGCCACCUCACCAGGGUCCGGACCUGGCGGCGACCCGGCGGAAUAUUCUUUCGAAGACCUACUUGCCGCCCUUUGCUCCUGACACUAUCUCCGGUCCCGGCCACCGCUUCAUUCUUCGGUGCAUUCGGAGGGAUGAGGACCGGCGGUUCAGCCUACUCCGAAUGGACGGGCCUCUCUCCGACUAUUCUUCGUGGUUUACCGGCGUUCCAGAGGAGAAACUGUACCGCCAGACGCUGCCGUCACCUAUACUUCCGGUCAUCCGGGCUCUACACACUACGCCCGGUGAACAGGAAACCAAAUAAAAAGCAUACACUGUUCGCCUUCACUUGUA